AAAAGCAAUUUUUAGGUUGAAGAGAUUGCUAAAAUGCCUGGCAAACGGAGUCUAAAGAGACUGGUAUUCACAAGAUUAAGAAUCCAGUAAUGCCUACAACUCAGAGUGGAGAAGAGUGAGGAGCACAAAGCAGAGAUGUGACUGUGUCACUGUGAUCCAUUCUCUGCGCCGUCUCUAUCAAUCCCUAACCCUAAUUCUGAAAUCUGAAGAAACAAAAUGGCACCCAAGAGACAGUUUCUUCCUCUCCUUCUCCUCCUUUCUCUCUCAGCUUUCUUCCUCUACUCUCAUUACCACUCCUCUCUCCACCUCUACCUCUCUUCCCACUCCUUAAACCCUAAUCCUCACCUCAAUCUUCCCUCAAAUCUCAAUCCACCGCUAAACUCAAUUCCCAGUCCCUCUAAUUUCUCUUUCAUUCUCAAAGUCCUCACCUUCGACCGCCUCUCCUCCCUUUCCCGCUGCCUCCGCUCUCUUGCCGCCGCCCACUACGGCCGCGACACCGUCCACCUCCACAUCUAUGUUGACCAUUUUCCUCACGCGGACAAUGUCGGCAAGUCUGAGCUGUUGUUGGAUCAGAAGCUGGACGAAUCGCGCCGGAUUCUGGAGUUCAUUGACGGGUUCGAUUGGAAAUUUGGGCAGAAGGUGGUGCAUUACCGGACUGGGAAUGUGGGGUUGCAGGCGCAAUGGUUGGAGGCGUGGUGGCCCAGCUCCGAUCACGAGUUUGCCUUCGUUGUGGAGGAUGAUUUGGAGGUCUCGCCUCUUUAUUACAAGUUUUUGAAGGCUUUGAUUCAGAAUUAUUACUACAAUUCCUCCAAUUUCAGUCCUUCGAUUUAUGGGGCUUCGCUGCAACGACCAAGGUUUGUUCCAGGUAAGCACGGAAACAAAAUUCAAUUGGAUGAUGAAACACAUAUUUUCUUGUACCAGCUGGUUGGCACUUGGGGUCAGCUUCUCUUUCCAAAACCUUGGAAAGAGUUCCGUUUAUGGUAUGAUAUACACAAGGCCAAGGGCAUCAAGCCAUUUCUGCAGGGGAUGGUAACAACAGGAUGGUACAAGAAGAUGGGUGAGAGAAUUUGGACUCCUUGGUUUAUUAGUUUUAUUCAUUCUCGUGGUUAUUUUAACAUCUACACAAACUUUCUACAUGAAAGAGCACUCAGUGUCUCUCAUAGAGAUGCUGGUGUCAACUAUGGGAAAACAGCUGGUCCAGAUUCAUAUUUACUCGACGAAAGUUCACUUGAUAUUGAUCUUCUGGAGAUGCAACCUCUGACUAAGCUAAAGUGGUAUGAUUUCUGUUUCAAAGAAGUACAUCCUGGAACAGUUGUAAGGAGUUUUGAAGAACUCGGAUCUGUUCUUCACUCUCUGCAAAAACAGGAUACCAUUAUACUUGUGAGCCUGUUUGGAGCAUCUGAAAGAGUCAUAAGGAAUUUGCUGUGCCACUUUGAGAGUUUCAAUAUUCAGAACUACAUUUUUAUGGGCCCGAAUUCGGACUUCCUUCUUGAUCUUGCUAGAAGGGGUCAUCCUGUGAUUGAUGUGGACCAAUUUCUCAGCAGUGUCAGAGCUCAUAAAAUGAAGACUCUCCAAGAUUCUGAUAUGGAGGUCAAGAAGUAUAUCUUAGUAAAGGCGUAUGUAAUCCAGAAGUGUCUGGAGUCUGGGUACAAUUCUUGGGUGGUUGAUGGGAACAUGCUUUUUCUCAGCAGUGCCCCGUUUCUUGAUUUCAUUGAUGCUACCUAUGACUUCCAUGCUGGGAAGACCCCAGAAAUUUUAUUUGUCCGGAGCUCAUCUUCUGCCCGGAAGAUUUGGGUCGAUGAUUUUAUUCACAAAGUGGCACUAAUGGUGGAUUCUGUUCUGGGAAUGGGAAGAGGUCGAAUACCAACAACAGAAGGUAAAACAUUUGUGUAUAUAGUGGGAGAGUUGUUCAAACAGGAGGGCAUGAGGAUUAAAUGGGUCGAUGAGGGAACACUGGGUUUAGAGAUUGAUUCCAGAAAUGCUAAUCAGACCUCUCAGGGGAAUGGAAAAAAGAUGGUUUUCUGGUCCCCGGAAAUAGGCUCAGAUAUGAUUCAGAAACGGCUUGAAGAAUUGGGUCUGUGGAUCAUAGAUAGUGACUCUUCUUGUACGGCUGUUGUAUGUCACCAAUCAUAGCAUCUGGUUAAAGUUGUAAUUUUGAAGCCCCACUAUUUUUUUUGGUUCGUAGAAGCAUGAAUAUUGUUCAUAUUCUUUUCACGCCCCCAUUUGAAGUUAUUGAAUCUUUUUGGUAA